GGUCGUGAUGCCGCGGAGGCGGACAUGAUGUCGGCGGAAGUGACAAAUGCUGUAGUGAUGUUACGCUACUCCAAGAAUGAGCGCUCUAAUGGAUUGUAGUUUGCUGUCAAACAGGGUAUAUAUUCUGCAAGCAGGAUGAAUUUUUUUUUGUGAAUUACAUCACUUCUGGACUUCUGGCACAAAACAUCAGUAGGUUGUGGCUAUUGAUACAAUCCUCCAAGUGAACCCUGGAAUUACCGCCAGUACAGGAUUCUUAUCAACUCUCAAGAAUUUCCAAUUAUUUGAUCGACUAUAGGCAAUGCAACCUGAGUAUGUACAAUAUAUUAAGACAAUAAAGAUUCAAUGGCAGUUACACGCAGUCUUACACAGAUCUCCUGCCGUAAAUGUAAUAUGGCUCUAACUGUCAUCAUGUCUGUCAGCGUCCAUGAAAAUCGCAAAUCACGCACCAGUACUGGAUCCAUGAAUAUCUCAUUAUAUCAUAAACUGUCCCAUUCUGAGUGUGUUCUAAACCACCUCAAUACCAUGCGGAAGCAGCGGCUCUUUACUGACAUGACCCUGUGGGCUGGAAACAGAUCGUUCCCCUGUCAUCGUGCGGUGCUGGCAGCCUGCAGUCCCUACUUUGAGGCCAUGUUCAGCAAUGGCUUGAGGGAGAGCUUGGAUAACACAGUGAAUUUCCACAACAGCCUCCACCCAGAAGUACUGGAACUGUUACUUGACUUUGCAUAUUCUUCCAAAAUUAUCAUCAAUGAAGAAAACGCAGAAUCUCUUCUGGAAGCCGGAGACAUGCUACAGUUUCACGAUGUGCGAGACGCAGCUUGUGAGUUUUUAGAAAAGAACCUUUAUCCCUCUAACUGUUUGGGAAUGAUGAUUUUGUCUGAUGCACAUCAGUGCCAGAGACUGUACGAGUUGUCUUUGAGAAUGUGCUUGUCCAACUUUGCAACUCUGCACAACACAGAAGACUUCAGCAGUCUUUCCAAGGAUAUGUUGCUCGACUUGAUCUCCAGCGAUGAACUUGAGAUUGAGGAUGAGCAGGUGGUGUUUAAUGCUGUUCUUCACUGGGUAAAGGAGGACUUGGACAAAAGGAAAGAUUAUUUUCCAGAACUGUUGAGAAAUGUAAGGCUGGCUUUGCUCCCUUCGGAAUUGCUGAAGGAAGCUGUGGUUUGCGAGGAUUUAAUUAUUGCAGAUGAGAGAAGCAAAUUAAUAAUGGAUGAAGCUGUUCAAUGCAAGAAGAAGAUACUUCAAAACGAUGGAGUAGUUACAAGUCUGUGUGCUAAGCCGCGUAAAGCCGGUCAUACCUUACUCAUUUUAGGAGGACAGACUUUUAUGUGCGAUAAGAUUUAUCAGCUUGAUCACAAGGCCAAAGAAAUUAUUCCAAAGGCUGAUCUUCCAAGUCCAAGGAAAGAGUUCAGUGCCUGUGCUAUUGGGUGCAAGGUCUACAUAACCGGUGGGCGCGGUUCUGAAAAUGGAGUUUCCAAAGAUGUUUGGGUUUAUGAUACGAUCCAUGAAGAAUGGUCAAAGUCAGCCCCAAUGCUAAUCGCAAGGUUCGGACAUGGCUCCGCUGAGCUGGAUAACUGCCUUUAUGUGGUUGGUGGGCACACAGCAGUUGCAGGAGUUUUCCCUGCCUCUCCAUCAGUGUCAUUAAAACAAGUUGAAAAGUAUGAUCCAUUACCCAAUAAAUGGACAAUGAUGGCGCCAUUGAGGGAUGGUGUAAGUAAUGCAGCUGUGGUCAGUGCUAAGCUUAAGCUCUUUGUAUUUGGAGGCACCAGUAUCCAUCGAGAUAGAGUCUCCAAGGUUCAAUUUUACGACCCUCAUGAGAACCGAUGGAGUAUUAAAGCGGAAUGCCCACAGCCAUGGCGUUACACUGCUGCAGCCGUGCUAGGGAGUCAGAUUUUUAUUAUGGGGGGUGAUACAGAAUUUACUGCGGCCUCUGCGUAUCGCUUUGAUUGUGAGACCAACCUAUGGACAAGAAUAGGAGAUAUGACUGCAAAACGGAUGUCCUGCCAUGCAUUGGCUUCAGGGAAUAAAGUCUACGUGGUAGGAGGUUACUUCGGAACUCAACGGUGUAAAACUCUAGACUGUUAUGAUCCAACUUCAGACUCCUGGAAUAGCAUCACCUCAGUGCCUUAUUCUCUCAUACCUACUGCUUUUGUUAGUACUUGGAAGCAUUUGCCGGCAUGAGAAGAUCUGUAGAAUAAAGAGGCAAAUUGUUGCACUCUAGUUUGUUGCUCCUGUAUCUGUCUCUUGGUCUCUGCACUUAUAGAGCAAAAACACACAGAGAUAUAGUCGCAGAAGAUAAAAGAAGCUUACAGUGUUGUAAAUGGAAGUCAAAUGCAAAUAUGCAGCUGGUCUCAAUAUUUAUUUUCCUUUCUUUUGCAUUUCUAAAGUUAAUCUUUAAUUGCUAUCUGCUUGUGAAGAUCAAUAACUGUGCCCACUAGAAAGCAGAGAGAGUGGGAGGCUGGGCUGUUACUGCUUUAUUUUUUUUUCUCUCUUUCCAGUCCCUCCCUCAUUCAGCCCUGAUUCUGACUUUGAAUGGGUGACUGACCCUAGAACCGAUAUCAGCCAGACAGCAGUAAUAUUAGAAGGGCAUAGGAAGUAACAAUACCACAACUGACAAUCUGGAGGCCAGGGGUGACUCUUCAGUAGGUUUUUAUGUUCUUUUUCAUUGACUUAACUGUUUGGUAAUUGUCUGACAUCCAAACAUGUGCCAUGGUGGAAAAUGAGUCCACUAUAUGGAAGAAUUCAUCACUGUUUUACAUUACACAUAUACAACUGUUAUUAUGGGUCUUUUCAUAAUGCUCCACAUUUGGAAUAUUGGUUUUUGGAAACCCCCAGGUAAGAAGCAUUCCAGAUCAUAGUUGUGAAUAAAAUUUGGGUACAUUCA